AUGACUAUUGUACCCUCUUUAGUCUUUUUUCUACAAUACAAUAGAAGCUCUCGCCGGCGCCGUUCAACUUCCGGCACCGUCCCGUCGUGCAGCUCAAGAAGCUCAUUUCGUUUCCCCUUUUUCGGGAUUACGAUGAGCAUCUCACAGUUUCCUCCGCCUGCUUCUCCAUCACCAGCGUCGUCGGUGAGGCUAUGGAGACCAGCUGCUCAGAGGAAUCUUAGGAACCAGUGGUUAAAACUCUCAACUUGUCGGAAACAGUGGAUCGCCGCUUGUUCUGUCGGAAUGUCUCACGCUAAUUCCCUCGUCAAUUCGUAUCUCUCCCAAACGUUUGUGCCACUGAUGAAGUUUGGUGUGUUGAGUGACAUGUUUGAUAUCAAGAAGAAAGCUUUGAAUAAACUGUAUAAGCAGCAGAGUUCCUAUCGAGACAAGCUUCUGUCUUCGUACAAGGAAAUGGUAGCUGGUGUUGUUGAGAUGGUGAAUGUAAGUAGAUCUAUGAGAUGUUAUAUGAAGUCGAGUAGCGGGUCCAUUAUACAGUUCUCUUGCUCUAAGGAAGAUUCAGAUGAUGCUGGAGACUGCGGUGGAAUCACUGUGUUUAGUUUUUGGAACAUCUGCUGGAGAUUUGAGAAGAUGGCGGAGGAGCUUGUGGAGAUGUUCAAACACGAAGUAAUGCUCAAGAGAUUACUCAUGAUGGAACUGGUUUCUUUAUGCGCUGAAGUUCCUCAACCGGCCAAGCUCAGUUGGGCAGAUGAGUUGUACCAAGGGGAAUUUGAUGAUCUAUCCAAAUGUUCGUUAUAUUCUAUGGAAGUGUCUGAGCCUAUUUUUCCUAUACUGAAAGAAGAUAAUCUUUGCAUUACUUCUGUAUCACGCACCAACCAGCCAACCGCCGAAAUGUUGCAUAUUUACUUGAUAACUUGGGCUGCAGAGGUGAACAAUGACACCCAUAGGAAGGAGGAGAUAUUAGCCAUGGUGGGGGAAGAAAUUGGAUUCACCUUCACUACGGCUUCUUGUUAACUUUAGCAUGAAAGAGGGAGAGAUAUUUAGAAUCUUAACUUCUUUCAAAACAUAAUUAUUGACACUUUGUUGCUAUGCUUUUUUUACUAGAAAGUAGAAACUAUAGGUCCUUGUCGGAUUUGUGUUAUGAGAAAAUUUUCUUUAUUAAGUAUACAAAUGGAUUUGAGUCUAA